AUGGCGUCUAGCGUGGAUGCCAAGCUGAUCAGGCGGACUAAGUUCCCGCCCGAGUUCAAUAAGAAGGUGGAUAUGACCAAGGUCAAUAUUGAGGUUAUGAAGAAAUGGAUCGCAAGUCAAAUCUCCAAGAUAUUGGGGAACGAGGAUGACGUCGUUAUUGAGCUCUGUUUCGCGCAUCUCGAGGGACCGCGCUACCCCGAUAUCAAAUCCCUCCAAAUCCAACUCACCGGAUUCCUAGACAAAGAUACCCCCAAGUUCUGUCAAGAACUGUGGUCGUUGUGUCUAAGCGGUCAGGCUAAUCCACAGGGCGUCCCGAAGGAGCUCUUGGAGGCUAAGAAGCUUGAGCUCAUACAAGAGAAGGUGAUUACCGCGGACGUGGAGGAAGAGGUGGUGAUCGUGGUGAUCGCGGUGGCCGUGGAGGUCGGGGACGAGACUUCAAUAGAAGAUCUUCGCCUCCCAGAGACCAAGACCGUAGCCGAGACCGAUUCCGUGAACCUCCAUCGCGACGUGACUUUGACUCCUACGUGCCGCCUGGUAAUCGUCGCGGCCGCCGGCCAUCCAGAUCUCCACACGGCACUCGUUCUCCAUCUCGAUCCCCAAAGCCAUCGUCACCAUCUCGCCGAAACCGCGACGAGCCACGCCACAGGCGACACGAACGCCGCCCCCGCUCCCCAAGCAACUCAGUAUCUCCCGAGCGACGCAACCGCGGAGGAGCCAGAAGACGCAGCAGUCCGGAUUACGGUGACCGUGUUAAAGCAAGACCCAUUUCCCGCAGCCGUUCCCCGCGCUCACGUUCCCCCAGAGGAGACCGCCGCCGAAAAAGCUCCGUCUCUCGCAGCCGCAGUGUAUCCUCGUCGCCUCGUUACACACGGCGCCAGGCAGACUCUCCUAAGCCCCCGCAGCCCCGACCGUACACGUGAUCGUGGUGAGAACCGUCGACGCCGCAGCCCCAGCGGUGGUCGGAGCCGUAGCCGCAGCCGCAGCCGCAGCCCCAAGAAGGAAACUGACGGCAAGCGGCGCCGCUCUUUGGAAAGAUACAACCCUGAUGAGAAACGACGCAAGAUGGCUGAUGAGAACGAGGAUUCCAACCCACCCCCCUUGAAAGCCGAUGAUCCGUCCAAAGCCGAUGACAGUGAAACAAAAGUUGCCGAGCAGGUUGGUCAUUGA